AUGAAAUUUUUUCUUGAUUCUUUCCACACUGUUUAUUUAUUAUUAAUUGUCCUGGUUAUUGAUGAUAGCGAACAAUACUCUGUAAACAAUACUACUUUUCUCGAAAAUGAUGCUAUUGUUAUAGAUUUCAAACAGUUAUGCGAAGAAGGAACACCUAUUCUUCAGGAAAAUAAUCAGUUAAAAUUAUGUUAUCCAUAUACAACUUCAAAUGAAUACAAAUGUCCAAAUAAAUUUUGGUGUCAUAUUGGUACCACAAAUUCAACAAAUUAUUGUUGCCCAGAGACGAGUAAUUUGUGCGAGCUUCACUUAACUGAAGGAUAUGGGACAUCAAUGCUGCGAAGGUUUUAUUAUGAUUCGAAUUCAGCAUCAUGUAAGGAUUUUUUAUACAAAGGAUAUGGCGGAAACCAAAACAAUUAUUUAUCAAAAACUGACUGCGAACAAAUUUGUCAAGGUUAUGCAAAAUCAACAGGCAUUUCACCUUCUGCGCUUUUUAGUGGAAUUCAUAGCGAAGGGCAUCGUACUACUAUCCAAGAAAAUAUUUUUACAAAAAUUUCUUCAUCUCAGUCCAAUCUUGUGUCGCCAACGAUUGUUCCCAUACAACGAGCAACUGCAACUGCUUUCCUACCAAACAACUAUUGUGAACUGGCGCCUGAUAAAGGUUAUCCUCAAGAAGGAACACAACCUUCAUCUAGGUGGUAUUUUGAUGUUUCCGCUGAUCGAUGUAUACAAUUUUAUUAUCUUGGCUCAAAUGGAAAUGCCAAUAAUUUUCUAAGUGAAGAGCUGUGCAGGCAAAUCUGUAAUUCGAGUGAAUGA